UAGUACUGUAACAUGUUCUCGUCCUCCUCUAAAUGCUUUCGAGAGCGCCGAAUUUUACAAUAUCAGACAUAAAUCAAUCAAAAUAAUUUCGCACACGAUAUUCGCACACAAAGUGUUGACGGCUCCGUAAUCGACACAUCGCGACUUGCGUGAGUUUCAAUUCAGCUAAGAAAGUUAGACAAAAUUAUAAUUUAUUGCCAAGCCAUGAUAUUGUAUUUUUUUACGGGAACUGUGUUGUUAUUUUUUAUCUAUGUUUUGUGGAGACGCAGAGAAUUUUAUAAAUUAAUAUUGAAAAUGCCUGGACCGCUGGGUUUACCCAUACUGGGCAUGGCCCUUCGGCUAAUAAGGAGAGAAGAUAUUUUAAUAGCUUUCUAUGAAGUAGAGCAAAAGUAUGGACACACUUUCUUUUCAUGGCUCGGACCAUAUCCCUUUUUGGUUGUUAGUGAUCCACAAAUAGCACAGGAUAUUUUAACUUCUCCUCACUGCGUUAAUAAGAGUUUCAUCUAUAGCGCGUUGGAUGAUGGCGCCGGAAGAGGACUGUUUAGUUUAUCAAAUCCAAAGUGGAAUUUGCACAGACGUCUUUUAAAUCCUGCGUUUGGACACAAAGUUCUUCUCAAUUUAAUGCCCAUAUUCAAUCAGGAAGUGAAUAAACUAAUUAACACGUUUGAUAUGCUUUUAGCGGAAGAAGUCGAUUUAACGAAAGUCUUUCAGAAUUUUACAUUAAAGAUUGCGGCACAAACGACAAUGGGCGACAAAAUUCCAUCCGAUGGUAUAAAUAAAUUCGAUGAAGGAUUGUUGAGCUGUUAUAAAUGUGUACAAGACUCCAUGACCCAGAUGUGUUUUUCACCUUGGUUGAGUUUCAAGGCAUUCAAUUGUUUCUGGAAAAACCGCGCAUCCUAUAAGGAGGCAAAAUCGGAAAUUCGAAAUUAUAUACGCAACUUAAUAACUCAAAAGACCAAAGACGAGCCUGUAUGCACGGAGAGUAAGACGACAUUAGAUCAAAAUAUUUUUAUACAUCGUGCUCUUAAUUUGGUACAAAGGGGUCAUUUCGAUUGGCAGAACGUUGAAGACGAAUGCAAUGUCAUUGUGUUUGGGGCUUUCGAAACCACUUCAAACACGCUCAUGUACAUAUUGAUACUGCUAGCAAUGUUCCCACAGUAUCAGGAUAAAGUAUUUGACGAAGUCUGGUCCAUUUUCUCCAGUAAAGAUAGUAAUGAAGUCACCUACAGCGAUACACAACAGAUGAUUUACUUGGAUAUGGUGAUUAAUGAAACGAUGAGGGUGAUGGCGCCCGUGCCAUUGGUGGCAAGACAAACCGAACACGAAGUUCGUCUAAGUAAUGGUGUUGUGAUUCCCAAAGGCUUGCAAGUAGCCAUCGAUAUUUUCAAUAUGCAUCGACGGAAGGAUAUUUGGGGUCCUGAAGCAUAUACUUUCAAUCCGGAUAACUUUUUACCAUCUAAUUUAGACGGUAAACGUCCUUAUGCAUACAUACCAUUUACCAAAGGCAUUCGGAACUGCAUUGGUUGGAGAUAUGCUCUGCUGUCAAUGAAAGUAACUAUCGCUAGAUUGAUAUUGAAAUACCGGUUUUCUACAACAUUCGAAUAUCGAAACUUGCACUUUGUCGAAGACAUUACAAUUAAGUUGAAAGAAACACCGCUUCUACGAAUACAUGAAAGAAAUUAAAAUUAUCUUUGAAAAUCUUAACUUAUGCCUCACUUCCAAACGACGGAGCGCAGAAUUGUAUUUUCGGGGAAAAACACACCCGAAUAUUCGUCAGAAAACUUGCUACUAGAGAUAACUUUUUAGAAGACGUAGAAAUGAUUCUGGGUCCCCGCAUCUGUAUUCGAGCAUAAUUACUUUAGU